AUGCUAAAAGUAUUAAAGGAACGGCCAUUGCGAAUCCCGUAUCCCAGCGCAUCAGUUCAGUACCUACCUUUCUACGGUGGCGCUAGAGGCAAAUAUCUAGAAAUUAAAAAAGAUAACACAGGAAGAACCACUAGUGAGAAAAUUGUCUCCGAAGAGAAUAUAAACAGCGAGAACAUUAUCAAAGCCGGCAAUGGUGCCCCACUUGCUAAAGUUAUGGCUAACUAUUUACAAAAUUUAAAAACGCUGUCAUCAAGUCUUCUGAGACUUACGAAUACUGGAAGAAAGAACGGCUAUUUAGGUGAUCGUCAAAAGACUAGAUAUGAAACACAACUGGCCUCUUUAGGAGAAAUUGCUACAAACAUAACAGACCUUAUUUACGAAAUAGGUGAUGUUAAUAAGAUAUUCAAAAAGGAUACAACCUUGAGGAAGAUAGACAAUGAAGAUGAUGACUAUAUUGGCGAAGAAGGUGUUGGUCUCGAGUCGAAUGAUGACACUAGUGAUAUAGGCCUCCUAGAACAUGAAACUAUCGCAGAAGCUAAACCUGUUGGUCUGGCUCUGAUCGGUGAAACAGGUGUGGCGUCAUCGAAACCUGUGGCAACAGCUAUUGCAGCACACGGAGCAGCAAUCGCAAGUCCCGUGGCUUCUGCUAUUGCUGGAGUUGAUCCAGCAGCACUCGGCAUUUCUUUCCAGUUACAUCACCCGUUUUCGAAGCAUUAA